AUGAUGGGAGAAUCUGUAAAAGAUGUCUCUCUAAACAUUGCUCAUCCAAGCAGACUACUAUGCAAGUCUUUCAACUACUCCUUUGACGGUAAUGUUAUAAAGCUAGUGGUUCCACAUGAAGGUGUAGUUGUGACUAAAUUGUUAGAAUCCAGAUCUCAAAUAUGGACAGGCAAACCCGGAGAGAUGUUUCAAUAUACCAAGGCCUCAAACAAUGUUGAUACGCAGGUACCAUGUAAUAAUAUUGAUGCCAAAGUGAGGGGUUUAAGAACCUACGUAUCUUCCAAAUCAGAUUUUACCAUGGAUCUCUCUGCUUCUAAGGAUACUGAUGAAUGCACUGUCUUUGAAGCUGAUCUCUUAGGAGUUAGUCCGCCUUUUUACUUUGCUAAUUUUUUCCAUAUUGCCAAGGAAGUAAAAUAUUCCUAUGUGUUUAUCAUGUGA